GCGCGCACGCCGUAGAGGUGGUGCGGGAGCGCGCCCGCGGGGCUGGCAGAAAAAGUUGCUGCGAGCGGAGCGCGGCGGCUGCGGGCCCGGCCGGACCAUGGACGACCUGGAUGCUUUGCUAGCGGACCUGGAGUCUACCACCUCUCACAUCUCCAAACGGCCAGUGUUCUUGUCGGAGGAAACACCCUAUUCCUAUCCAACUGGAAACCAUACAUACCAGGAGAUCUCAGUGCCCCCACCUGUGCCGCCGCCUCCUUCCAGCGAAGCCCUGAAUGGGACUGUGAUUGACCCUUUAGACCAGUGGCAACCCAGCAUCUCCCGAUACAUCCACCAGCAACCUCAGUCCCAGUCUCCUGUGUACAGCGCCAGUGCCAAAAGUUCCAGUGCCUCCGUUCCCCGAGAGAGUGUCUGCUCUUCUUCCUCACGUGCCAGUGAAGAGGAGCACGUCUACAGUUUUCCCAACAAGCAGAAGUCUGCAGAACCAUCUCCCACCAUGAUGAGCUCUUCAUUGGGCAGCAACCUGUCAGAACUGGACCGACUACUCCUAGAACUGAACGCUGUUCAGCACAAUCCCCCUAGUGGCUUCCCAACAGAUGAAGCCAGCAGGAGCCCCUCCCUGCCCAGUGGAACUGGACCUCUCUGUGUUGUCCCAGAGAGCACUAGCUCUUUGGGGGUGAAAGCAGCACCCUCUACAAAAGAGAAGCCAAAGCGGAAUGGAGGGCGUGGGAUUGAGGAUGUGCGUCCCAGUGUGGAGAGCCUUUUGGAUGAACUGGAGAGCUCUGUGCCAAGUCCAGUCCCUGCCAUCACUGUGAACCAGGGUGAGGUGAGCAGCCCACAGCGGGUCACCUCCAGCCAGCAGCAGACUCGCAUAUCUGCUUCUUCAGCCACGAGAGAACUGGAUGAGCUGAUGGCAUCUCUCUCUGACUUCAAGUUCAUGGCCCAGGGGAAAGCCGGGGGCAGCUCCCCUCCGUCUGCACCCCCAAAACCUGGCAGCCAGUUGGACAGUAUGUUGGGAAGCCUCCAGUCUGACCUGAACAAACUGGGAGUAGCUACCGUUGCCAAAGGUGUUUGUGGAGCCUGCAAGAAACCAAUUGCUGGACAGGUCGUCACAGCCAUGGGAAAAACCUGGCACCCAGAGCACUUCGUUUGCACCCACUGCCAGGAGGAAAUUGGGUCACGCAACUUUUUUGAACGCGAUGGUCAGCCCUACUGUGAGAAGGACUAUCAUAAUCUCUUCUCCCCUCGCUGCUACUACUGCAACGGGCCCAUCCUCGAUAAAGUGGUGACAGCUCUGGACAGGACAUGGCACCCAGAACACUUCUUCUGUGCGCAGUGUGGUGCUUUCUUUGGACCUGAAGGGUUUCAUGAGAAGGAUGGCAAAGCCUAUUGCCGCAAGGAUUACUUCGACAUGUUCGCUCCAAAGUGUGGGGGCUGCGCCCGCGCCAUCCUGGAAAAUUACAUCUCUGCCUUGAAUACCCUGUGGCACCCUGAGUGCUUUGUCUGUCGGGAAUGUUUCACGCCCUUCAUCAACGGCAGCUUCUUUGAGCACGAUGGGCAGCCCUACUGUGAGGUGCAUUAUCACGAACGCCGCGGCUCGCUGUGUUCCGGCUGCCAGAAGCCCAUCACGGGACGCUGCAUCACUGCCAUGGCCAAGAAAUUUCACCCAGAACACUUUGUCUGUGCCUUCUGCCUCAAGCAGCUCAACAAAGGAACCUUCAAGGAACAGAAUGACAAGCCCUACUGUCAGAACUGCUUCCUCAAACUCUUCUGCUAGACGCAUCCUAGCUGGGGACGGAGCAUCUUUCUGCCACCUCACUAGGCAGCCGAGUCUCUCUGAGCAUUACUGUGAUUUAGAAAC